AUGGAAUAACAAGAUAUGAAAAUGUGUUCAAAACAUAAAUUAGAAAUAAUUUUGGUGGACCUUGAUUCAAAGGUUGCUUAAGAAGACAGAUGUUUAUGUGUAAGGUGUAUUAUUGAAAGAAUGAAUAUGAAGAAAAUGAAUUUAAUUGAUGAAACAAAGAAUAUGAUUAAAGAAAUGAAAAUGAAUGAAUAAAAUCAAAGAAUUUUAGAUAAUAAAAAGAGAUUAGACAAUUUCAAUGGAAUUGAAUCAUUAUUAAGAGAACUUAAAUAAAACAUAGAUUCUAUAUUUGAUAAGUUAUUUAAUAAUAUUUAAUAUAAAUUGAAUUAGAUAUCAAAAGAUAUAGGAAAUAUUGAAUCAUAAUCAAUUAUAUUCAAUUUUGAAGAUGACAUUGAAAGAUUGUCAUAAUAUUAAGAAUAUUAAAAUAAUGAAUAAUAAAUAAAACUAAUUGAAGAAGAUCAUAAGUUUAUUGUAUAAAUUCAAAAAUAAUUGGAAUCUUUCAUAAAUUCAGAAUAAUAUAAUAAAUUAAUGAGUCAUAUAAUUAAUAAUGAAAAAAGAGAAUAGGAUUAAGAAAAUAAUGAAUAACAUUAUGAAAUCAUAAAACCAUAAGAUUAUGUAUAUUAUUAUAAAUUAUAAUAAAAUAGAAAACACCUGCAUUGAAAAUUAUUUGUGAAGAACAUACAAAAGAAAUUAUAAUGUUUAAUUUGAAUGCGAAUUCCAAUUUAUAACCAAGGAUGGCUUGUGUUAAAUGUAUUUAAUAAUAUCCUGCAUAAUAUACUCCUUUAGAAGAUGUCUCUGUUUAAUGGGAAUCAUAUUAAAAGAGAAUUUAAACUAGUGUAAAUGAUUUCCAAUAAACAAGGAAUUCUAUUUAAUAGAAAAUACUAAAAAUGAUCUAAGAUAUUAAAUAGUAAAAUGAACAAAUAUUUGAUGAUAUAAUAUAAGCACUUAACAAUUAACAAUAAUCAAUAGUUCAGAUGAAUUAGAAUUAAAUUAAUACUAAAUCCUUAUUUUAUUAGACUUAAAAUUAAUUAAAUGAAAUAAUCAAUUAAUUAAGUUAAAUUGACAAAUUUAAAACAUGCAAAGAUCAUAAAAUUAAUAUUGAAAAGAUUGAUAAAAUAUUCUAUUCAGAUUUAAGAUCUAAAUUUGAAUAUUUAAUUCAAUAUUAAUAAAUAAAUGUUUAAAGAUUUAACUAAAUAAUUAUAAAUGAUAAUAAUGUAAUGAAUUAAAUUGAUAAUUUAUUAUAAUCAACUUAAAAUAAAGAUCAAGAUAAUACAUAAGAAUCUACUAAUUUAAAUGAAAUAAUAGAAUAAAUUAGAUAAUUUAUGUAUAAAACAUUUAAUUUUGAAUUCUCAUAAAAAGUAUUUAUUGAAACUAUUGAUUAAUAUGUAAAAAUCAAAGAGGAUAUGUAGAAUAUAAAAUAGAUUUUAAGCAAUAGAAUAGAAAACUGUUAAGAAUUUCAAAGUAUAUUCAAUGAAUUCAAUAAUUAUUCAGAUAAAUUCAAUUAAGAUUACAAUUAAUUUUAAUAAUUUUUAGAUAUCAAUUAAAAAUUGAAUGAAAUUAAGUUAUUAAGUGAAUAAAUUCAUAAUAUCCAAAAAGAAAAAUAAGAAUAAUAAACAGUAUUCGAGAAUGAAUUAAAAAAAAUAAAAGAAGCAAAUGAAUAAAUGAAAAAAGAAAACUUAGAAUAAAAGACUUUAUUAGAAAAAUAAAUCAAAGGAAAUAAUUCAGAUAUAAAGUAAUUAAAAGAAUAAAUUGAUUCAAUUAAAAAAGAAAAUCUAAAUUUAGAAUAGAAUUUGAAUUAUUUUGCUCCUAAUUAUAAGAUAUUUUUAAAAAUAGUAGUAUUUCAUCAAUAUUAUUAUUAUAGUCAUCAUAAUAUUAGAAGUAAUUAACUUUUUCAUAAAAUAAUAAACAUUCCAGUUGUGAAGUAACAUAAAAUGGAAAGAUGGUUUAAAAUGGUGGUUAUUGUCUAUGUGAUUAAGCUAUUCCUAAAAAUGGUGUAACAUCAUUUGCAUUCAAAAUCAUAUAAUUAAGUAAUUAUUGUUAUAUUGGUAUUGGGAUGAGAGAAAUAAUAUAAAAAAAUAAUUAUGGUGGAAAUACUGGUAUUGGCUAUGGGUAUUAAGUUAUAUUAUGCUAUUAGAUCCUAUACAAUAAGUUUAAAUAAAUCUUAUUAUUCACAUCAUGAACAAGAUAAAAAUGGUACAUAAUUACCAUUUGAUUUCACAAUUAAUGAUAUCAUAAUUGUAGAAGUUGACAUCUAAAAUAAAAACGUAAAAUGGACCAAAGCCAAUACAAAUCAAUCAUUCGUAAUUAUUCUAAUACUAUUCCACAAUAGACUCUUUAAAUAGAUACAACAUAUGAUUUAUAUCCAUGUUUAUGGGUGUGUUAUGCUUAUGGAAGUGGUAAUAAAGUACAAAUAUUAGAAUGA